ACCUUCAAUAUAUAAACUGACAGAUCUUUUGCCAGUUACAGUGAAUAUAUUUCCCUCCAAAAUUAAAAAACAUGAAUAAACUAAAAUUCAGUUUAAUUGUUGCAAUUUGUGAAAAUUCCGGUAUCGGAAUCAAAGGUGACUUACCAUGGCAUCUCAAAAAUGAAUUGAAACAUUUUUCACGCACAACAAAAAAGGUCACUGAUAGCAACAAAAAGAAUGUCGUCAUUAUGGGUCGGAAAACGUACUUCGGAGUUCCCGAGAGUAAGAGACCUCUGCCGAAUCGAAUAAACAUCGUCCUGACUCGUAAUCCAGUGCCUGCAGACUACCCGGACGAUGUGAUCCUGUGUUCAAGUCUAGAAAACGCUAUGAAGAUGCUUGAAGAAAAAGAAGAACUUAAGUCAAUCAUAGAAAAAGUCUGGAUCGUUGGUGGGAGUGAAGCAUACAAAGAAGCAAUGGCUUCUCCUCGAUGCGAUCGAUUGUAUUUAACUGAAGUAAAAGCUAAAUUUGAAUGUGACACCUUCUUUCCGGAGAUUCCAAGUGAUUUUGAAGAGAUUCCUUUGGAUGAUGAUAUUGCCAGUGGUAUCCAGGAAGAGAAUGGAGUCCAAUACGUGUACAAGAUCCUCCAAAAGAGGCAUAAUAAUACUUUAAAUGGCGGCGAUAAAAACUAGAACUUUAAUACUAAAAACUUUUCUAUUUUUCUAAA